AAUAAUAAAACACACCUUUAAUAAUCCAGCUAAUAAAAAUUAAUAAUAUAAUAACGUUUUCAACCGUUUCUUAACGAUCUUCUCCAGUUCGUUUGUUAUAUAAGUAUACCGAUGGCUACACCGGCCAAACAGUAUAAGAAGCUGACCCUUAAAUUAUGUAAAGCAAGGGCUAAAUUUGAUUUUCUAUCUCAAUGGUGCCUUUCCGUCUUAAUGGUGCCUUUCCAAUGUCUAUUUAUCGAAUACGAUUGCCCACGGGAUGUAAUUCGCUAAUCCCAAAAUUGAGACAGCUGUGCCUCAGAAAGGCUAUCAGGAAUACAAGACGCAAAACGUACGCUAUUUUGUACAAGCUGAUAAAGAUGGAGAACUACCUGUAUGAACAAAACCCACAACUUCUAGCGUUCGUGAAUAAAAGUGUUGUUAAGUUGACACAGAAUGUCGAAAGAAAUUUAAAACGCAAUUACAUCAAGAAACUAAGAUGGAUAUUCCGGAUGCAGAAUAUUAAACCGAGCAUAAGCAGAAACACCCAUAUCACCGCAUGGGAUAACAUCGUACCCCCACAAUGCAUUUUGGAAGCCUUGGAUUACGGUCCACUUUAUGCUCCGCCCCCUUUGCCAAAGCCAGAGACCUUCAUACCGGAUAUUGAAUUGGUCAUUAAAGGCAUGAACGAAACAAAUCAGGAUUUUAUUCGUUGGAAAACCAGAUUCCGGGCGACAAAGGAGGUAAAAAGCAAUGAGACGAACACACAGCGAUUUCGAAACAUCAUAAAGAAUUCGAGACAUUGGUUACAACAGAACAACAUAGUCCUAAUGAAGGCCGAUAAAUCGAAAGGGGUGGUAUUGCUAAAACGAUCAACUUACAACGGGAAAUUACGUGAAUAUAUUGCAAGCACUGAAUGUCAACCUGCACCCGUCCAUUUUUUAGAAACCCUACAGCAAAGGGUCAAAAGGUUCACGUCCACUCCUUUAGCACGGCUCUUACAUAUGCAAAACUCCAUCGUCCGUGCACCAAGAGAACCGAGAAUAUUUGCUUUCGCCAAAACACACAAACCGGGAUACCAAAUACGCCCUGUAAUAGAGAAAUGUAACUCUCCAACAUUCUUAAUAGAAAAACAACUGGUCAAAUUUUUUCAAUCUAAAGCUCAUCGCCAUCCAUUCUCGAUUAACAACUCACUACAACUAAUAGAAGAUCUCAAAAACAUUUCUUUAAUGGACGAUGAAUAUAUGACGGUCUUGGACUUUAAGUCGAUGUAUCCAUCGAUAAAAUUGUCUCCUUGUUUCUGCGCAUUAAGAGAUUUUUUAUUUGCCAAUGUUGAAAAUGCAACACGUCAUCACAAUCAAAUACUAGAACUCGCACACCUGGUGUGUUAUACAUCGUUUUUUGAGUUUGAGAACGAAUUAUAUUUGCAGGGAAGAGGCGUACCGAUGGGUAGUCCCACUUCGGCUAUUCUAUGUGAGUUGGUCUUACGGCAUCUCGAAAACAAAAUUCUACCCGAAUUCCAACACCUUAUCAUUUUGUACGCCAGAUACGUCGACGAUAUAUUCAUCUUGUGGCAACGAAAACCUAACCUACAGCAAUUUUUGGAUAGGAUCAAUAAUAACCCUUACGGUUUAUUACUACAAGUGGACCAGGAGAGUGAUGAUACUGUAAAUUUUUUGGACAUUUCCAUCGCUUGCAGACAGGGAGAAAUCAGGACCGGCAUAUACAGAAAACCGUGCUUUCAACCCACUUUAAUUCCGCAUAAUUCAAUCGAUCCGCAUCACAUCAAAUUGGCGGCCUUUAGGUCCUGGAUAAAAAGGGCUUAUACACAUUGUUCUAGCAUAAAAGACACAAUGGCGGAGCUAAACUACAUUCUAAAGAUUGCGGAACAACAAGGAUACCAAAAGGAAAUCAUAAAGAAUCUUAUUACAUCCUUCCAAACAACUAAACAACAGCAUCCCACAGUAGACGGUAGACAAAGGAUGGUUUUAAAUUAUAUCCCGUUUUUAAGACAAAUACAUAAAGAAACGGCCAAGACUAAUGAUUUCAGUAUAGUAUAUCGACGCAAUCCUACAGUUUUCAAGCUAUUAAGAAACGAUAAGAAGCAUUAUGACUGGAAAUCGGCAUCGGGAAUCUACUCUAUACCAUUACACGAUCAGCGUUUUAAUUCGGAUCUUGUCUAUGUAGGCGCAACAAUGCGCAAAUUACAACAACGUAUCAAGGAACAUAAAUAUACGAUUAAUAAGAAAAUUGAUAACACCGUGCUAUCGUCUUACGCAACGCAACACGACAUCCAAGUCCAUUGGGAUCGGGCGGAAAUUAUUAAACCAACGACAAAUUUACAUACAAUGAAAUAUCUGGAGAAAUUAGAGAUCUUUAAAGCACACAAGAAAACGGGAUGCAUCAACCAUAGAGAUGCGGACUCUUUACCUACCGCUUGGCGAUCUUUUUACAAGAAUUAA